GCGGAUGCGAUGUAUCCUUUUUCAGUGGAGUGAAUGGGCCAAUGGGAGUUGGCUUGUCGAAGCAAACACCGAGCCCCUGCGUUCCCAUUCAUUCAGUGCUGCAACACACACGGAGCUGCGGGGAGAGAGAGAGAGAGAGAGAGAGAGAGAGAGCGCGCGCACCGCCGUCCGUGACCCGACGACGAUACAACUUUUUUUUCUUCUCUCUCAUGCACAAGAAGAAGAAGGAGACGAGCAGCAGCCCGAUUCCUCCGCAGCAAUAAACUGAAACGCCGAAGCUCUUUGCGCACGCGAAGAAGAAGAAGAAGAAGAGGAGGAGAACGCCUCUUGGAUAUUAAGCUGAAUUGUCUCUUGGUUCGAUUUGUCCUCCUAGACGGGGACUCUGGCUCGUCUUGGCCCGUAAAGAUCGGCCUUCCUCCCCCCCUCCAAGUGCGCAAACGGUUCUCCGGGGCGCGCGUCCUCCCUCCCUCACCCGGAGCUUCCCAUCGUGGAUUUACUGUGUUUUUUCGGAACCGAAUGCGCGCGCUCCAACCCGCGCCCUGAACUUUUAUUUCCUCAAGCUUGUAACCAAGAAGGGGGAAAAGGGAAUAAACGACAACAUUGAAAGGGAUAAAACACGCGCACUCGGAUUAACCAGACGUGAACGUGAUGCAGCAGACCUUCCGCGGUUGACGUGCGCGUUGGGACAUUUCGCGUCUUUCCUUCCUGCUGGAUGGAGUUCUGUUUCGCCUGUUCAUGGUUGAUGGAUUCGACGCUAUGGAUGGUUGUUGCAUAUAGGUUUUCCGAUGCAUGCCAAGUCUACGGUGAAUGUCGGAAGUGGUGAUCCCCCCAGAUGGAGCUCCAAAGUCAACAUGGCCCCGGCGGUUCAUUAGUGGUGAUCCAGCAGCCUUCCCUCGAGAGCCGGCAGAGGUCGGAUUACGAGCGGGAGCUCCAGCAUGCCGCCAUUCUCUCCCUGGACCAAAUCAAGGCCAUCCGCUCCAACAACGAGUACACCGAGGGGCCCUCGGUGGUGCGGAGGCCCCCUGCGCCCCGCAUGCCCCCCAGGCCCCAGGACAAGCAGGAGCGGACUCACGAGGUCAUCCUCGUUAAUGUGAACAACAAUUACGAGCACCGGCCGCCAGGUCACCACCACCACGUCGGGGGCGGCGUGGUGGUCGUGGCCGGGGGACAGCAGUAUGGCGGGUCCCGGGCGCCGGGGCUCAGCCGCUCCACUAGCACAGGAAGUGCUGCCAGCUCGGGGAGCAACAGCAGCGCCUCCUCCGAGCAGGGACUCUUGGCACGCUCGCCCCCCACCAGGCCCAGCAUGACCUUACAGCACCACCACCGGGCGGAGCGGCCCGUUCGGACUCAGCCCAAGCCCAAGGCCCUUUCGCAGCCCCAGCAGGGACCUCACUUCCACCAGCCUCCACUGGAGGCUCCACUCAAGCCCCAGGGCAAAGGGAAAUCAGACUUUUCCGGCAGCGGCAACGGGGUGGUGGCCGCCAACGGCGCCGCCGCCGGGCACCAGUUCAUCUGCGAGCGCUGCGGGAAGUGCAAGUGCACCGACUGCACGGCCCCCCGGAGCCUGCCCUCGUGCCUGGCAUGCAACGGCCAGUGCCUGUGCUCUGCGGAGAGCGCGCUGGAGCACGGCACGUGCAUGUGCCUGGUCAAGGGCAUCUUCUACCACUGCUCAAAUGACGACGAGGGGGACUCGUGCGCCGACCACCCGUGCUCGGUGUCGCGCUCCCACUGCUGCUCCCGCUUCCUGUGCAUGGGAUUAAUGUCGGUACUCUUCCCCUGUCUGCUGUGCUACCUGCCGGUCAAGGGGUGUCUGAAGGCGUGCCAGGGCUGCCACGACCGGGUCAACCGGCCCGGCUGCCGCUGCAAGAACUCCAACACUGUCUAUUGCAAACUGGAGAGCUGGGACCGACAGACGCAGGAGAAACCCUCCUGAUCGUCGCCCCCCCCCCCCUGUGUGUGAUUGUGAUUGCGUGUGCGCGGGAGACUCUUGAUGUGGAUCUUAUGAUGACAAUGAUAAUGAUGAUGACAGUCAGAAAUUAAUGUUUAUCAAACAUUCUUAGCACCUCCCACCCGCCCCCUCCUCCUUCCUGCAGAACCCUACGGAGUUAAAGCAAAGGAGUAACGAAAACCACUCGAUUUUAUUUUUCUUAUUUUUUCUGGAUCAAGACCAUGUUUGUUUGUUUUUACAGACCAGUGUUUGCCAUAACUGUUUCAAUGUCUGUCCUCAGCUCCUCAUUAACAAUUAUUUUUUGGAAAAAUAUAUAUAUAUAUAUAUAUAUAUAUAUGAAAAAGUUUUUCUUCCGUUCUAGGUAGGCAGGUUUCCUUUCCUGGGUCUAGUGUGCCCCAGCGGGAAGCCGCCUCUCACCAAAUCUGUGAAGGACGAUCUUCUGUAGGGCAAUGAUGUAGCUGUUACCUGGUAUUCAUAGCGAGCAGGUUAUAUGUUUGAAUUAUUGGUUUGCGACCACACAAAGAUCCGUGGUUCCAUAAUGCAUCAUCCCGUUGCAUUGACGAAAGCACAUCCAUCUCAUAGUGUUUCCUCCUCCCACCUCGGAUAUGUUUCUCUCCUUCCACCCGACCCGGAACUCUUCACUACACAUUCUGUGGCAUUCUCCAGAUGUUUGUUUUGUUUUUGUUUUUUCUUUUCAUUUUUUUUUUUGUGUAAAUUGUAUUU